GGUUGUUGCUGACCGAGUACAGAGCUAACUCUGCACCGUUUAAAUGGGGACUAACGUUCAGCUGGACGAUUUCAUCGCUGGAUGGAUUGGAGGUGCGGCGAGUGUGAUCGUAGGCCACCCCCUGGACACGGUGAAGACUCGCUUGCAAGCCGGUCACGGUUAUACCAACACGGUGCAAUGUGUGCGAACAAUCUUUAAAAACGAACACGUGGCUGGAUUCUUCAAAGGGCUGUCCUUUCCGUUAGCCAGCAUCGCCGUCUAUAACUCGGUGGCACUCGGGGUGUACGGGAAUGCUCAGAGGUUCAUCUGUCGCUAUCGCUACGGGGAGGACCUCCACCAAAGCCCCGCUCUCUCAGACGUGGCGGCUGCCAGCGCCCUGGUGGGUCUUGUCACGGUGGCCAUUGGUGCCCCGGUGGAUUUGGUCAAGAUCAGACUCCAAAUGCAGACACAGAGUGUGAGGCCAGCUAAACUAAACUUGGUUGGUGCGAGUGCCUUGCACUCCCUUGCACUGAAUGAUCAGCCUCUAUACAGGGGGCCUGUGCACCUCAUUAGCAGAAUACUGCGGACCGAAGGCAUUGUUGGACUGUAUCGAGGUGUUGGAGCCAUGUACCUCAGAGAUGUUCCAGGAUAUUGUUUAUACUUUGUUCCUUACAUGUUGCUGUGUGAUUGGAUGACACCCGAAGGGAGCAAAGCACCCAAUCUGUUUUGUGUGUGGCUGGCUGGUGGUGUGGCAGGAACAAUUUCGUGGGGUACCGCGACUCCCAUGGAUGUUGUCAAAAGUCGCCUUCAAGCGGAUGGAGUCAGUGAGACGAAGUAUAAGGGGAUAGUGCACUGUAUUCAACAGAGCUACCGAAAGGAAGGAUUGAAUGUAUUUUUUAAAGGAGCAACUGUGAAUGCUAUCCGUGGAUUUCCUAUGAGUGCAGCCAUGUUUUUGGGAUAUGAGCUUGCACUGAAAGUAUUGCGAGGUCAAUGAGCAGAAAAAUAACAUUUGACUUCUGAUGUUUAUCAAACUUGGCCAGUUACAUAGAUCUAUACUGAGAUCAACAGUAGAUCAGAUUUGUAAAAAAAGUGACUAGUCUUCCUUGAGUUCUUGAUUUCAAACUGCCAAAACUCAUUGUCAGAAACAACAUCAGGCACUACAGAGCCAACUGGGAAUGAUGGUGUGCUUCAACUGUGAUGUGCAGUGUUUCCUGGGGAAAAGAGAAUGACUGGAUUAAAGAAAAUCAGCAGACAUUGAGAAGCAAUCCUCAGGAAGGACCAUUACACUUGAAACACAGACUGAUGAACUGUCGGACAAAGGUUGCCAGACCUGCUGAGUACUUUUGCUUUUUACUGUUUCUGUUUUUAAAUUUUGAGUUGGAGGGAGGGGAGGGAGUUAAUUUGCCAAAGUAUUAGGACAUGAUGAUCAUAGAGAGUCUAUCAGAGUGAAGUUGCCAACUGGAGUUGCCGGUAUUUUUGGAGGUUUCGCAACAUGUUUCCAAUUGAUUGUCCUCCCCCAUCCAACUGCCAUUUUAUAACUAAUUUAAAAAUUAUUCAAAAUGAGGAAAAAAGAAUUUUAACACUUUUUUUGCAAUGGUUGCUACAAGCUGUAUCCUGACAAUUUAUCUUUAAUUCCUGGAGGUUCCAGAAUGAUCCUGGCUAUUAGGCUAUCUUAUGUCCAAGUGUUUUUGAUAGCUUCAUUAUACUGAGUUCUUACAAUUGCAUUACUGCUCUCAGUUUGAAUUAUAUCAGUAAAUCACUGUCAGAGACGAACCCAUAAUGGGGAAAAAGAAAAUACAACAGAUUUAUUCUUCAGUAUUCAUAUACUUGAAAAGCUUUUUUGGACUUAAUUUGUUGAGCAU